AUGCCCCUGAAACUUGAUGCAGCUACUGGUCCUGUUUGGCUGUGUCUGCUAGAACAGCUCCUGGAGAGGUUCGACUUAUUUGCAGGGGCUAAGGGUGAGAUAGAAGGGAUGGAGUCAUGGGUUCGAGCCAUAGAACUGGAUCCAAAUGUAGCUAAACCCAUAUAUGCAUCAAGUCCAACCACAAGUUCUAUUACACGUUACAACUUACAAAAGCCUCUUGAUACAAUGUAUGGUUGCUCCCAGUACCCUUCACAGCUGCUCACCAGUGUAUUAAGGUAUCUUGUGACAUGCUCUUCCCAAACUGUAGCUGAACAAGAAUUGAAAACCCUUCAAAGGUUCACUGGAGAUUUAAGCAUGGUGAUAAAGGAACCCUUUUAUCUUUCAGAAGAACACCCAUGGUUCACAACACAACAGCUCUUGGGAAAUACUUCAGUCAUCCAUUUUAUUCCCAUCAUGACCAGCAAAGCAGUGUUGCUGUCAGCAUUGUUUCAAGGCAAUAUUGUUUCAAGGCUGCUGAGCAUUUUGUGUCCCAAGGCCUCAUUGCAGGUGUCAGGAUUGAUUCAAAUAAGGAAUGGAGUUCCCACUCCCAUUCAGAAUAACAUUAUGAAAGUCACACAAUAUUGCAGUAGAGCUAACCAAAGAAGAAGUGUGGACCUGAGAAUAUACAUGCUCUGCUUUCUUCCAUUUAUGGUUCUUCUGGUCUUCAUUUGUGAUCUGAAGAAUCUGUCUAUGCUCUCGCUCCUUGCCAAUGUCUCCAUGGCCAUCAGCCUUGUAAUCAUUUACCAGUAUAUUGUUAGAGACAUGACAGACCCCCAAAGCCUUCCAGCACUUGCUGGUUGGAAGAAAUACCCACUAUUUUUUGGAACUGCCAUAUUUGCUUUUGAGGGGAUAGGAGUGGUUCUGCCCCUGGAAAACCAAAUGAAAGAAACAAAAUGCUUCCCACAAGCAUUGAAUAUUGGCAUAGGGAUUGUUACAACUCUGUAUAUAACACUAGCCACUUUAGGAUAUAUGCGCUUUCAUGAAGAAAUCAAAGGCAGCAUAACUUUAUAUCUGCCUCAAGAUAAAUGGUUGUAUCAAUCAGUGAAAAUUCUGUAUUCCUUUGGAAUUUUUGUGACCUAUUCAAUUCAGUUCUAUGUUCCAGCAGAAAUCAUAAUUCCAGCUGUCACAUUCAAAUUCCAGAAGAAAUGGAGGCUAAUCUGUGAAUUUGUGGUGAGGUCAUUCUUAGUCGCCCUUACUUGUGCUGUGGCAAUUCUGAUUCCUCGCUUAGACCUGGUGAUUUCUUUUGUUGGAACUGUGAGCAACAGCACCCUGGCCCUGAUCCUUCCACCGUUGGUUGAAAUUCUCACACUUUAUAAGGAAAAUUUGUGUUCGUGGAUCAUCUUCAAAGAUAUUCUUAUAGCAGUCAUUGGAGUUGUUGGCUUUUUAACAGGAACAUAUGUAACUGUUGAAGAGAUUAUUUAUCCUCCCCACAUCCUUAAUUAUACUACACAGAGUCCAUUUUUACCUCUGAAUACAUCACAUUUGACAUUUGGUUCUAAGCAAAUGAUGGAGCAGCGUGGAUCUGGGCAAAAUGAGUUUGAGUUCUUUGAUAUUGUGAAGGAGAAAAAGUUUCUUAUUUUACACAACCUGUAA